AUGCGGGAGGAAGAGGAGGGAGAGGAGGAGCAGGAGCGGGAGAAUCGCGGCGCUCGCAGCGCCCGCACGCCGAGCCUGCAGCACCCCCUGCCCCGGGAGCAUCGCCCCCAGCCCCGAGCCGCAGGGGAGGGCGGAGGCCGAGCUCGUCCCGGCUCCAGCCAGGAGUCUCCGGGAGGAUUUUUUGGAGAGUGUUCGGAGCCGGCAGAUCCCGGACUCGAGCCCCGGAUAUCUCCGGGCUCCCCAAGAGGAGCUUUUUCGGGGGGAGAGGAGCCGCGAUCGCCCCUCGGGAGGGUCCCGGGGGGUCCACAUGAGGAGAUGAGCAUGGAGACUAGAGAGGACAAAUCCCCACGGAAGAACCUCAUGGAAGAGGCCGUUAUGAGUGACUCCAGGGCACAGGAAUCCAAGGGGGAGGAAAAUCCCCAGAGAUUCCACAGGAGGAGGGGCUGCAAGCCCAGCCCAGGGUGCUCUGAGGAGGAAAGACCCUCCCUUAGCCAGGAAAGUGGACAGAGCUUCAGCCAGGGCUCAGAGCCGGUGGUCCAUGAGCAGAUUCAUGAUGGGGAGAAGCGCUACAAGUGCCUGGAGUGUGGGAAGAGCUUCAGCCAGAGCAGUUCCCUGAUCCGCCACCAACACAUCCACACCGGGGAAUGGCCCUACGAGUGUGAGGAAUGUGGGAAGGGCUUCAGCUACAGGUCAGAACUCAUCAGGCACCAACGCAUCCACACUGGAGAGAGGCCCUACGAGUGUCCCCAGUGUCAGAAGAGGUUUCAGAGAAGCUUCAAUCUCCUCUGCCACCAGCGGAUUCACACUGGGGAGAGGCCCUUCCUCUGCCCUGAGUGCGGGAAGGGCUUCAAGCACAACUCCAACCUCAUCAGGCACCGGCGCAUCCACACCGUGGAGAAGCCCUAUGAGUGUCCCCAGUGUCAGAAGAGGUUUCAGACCAGCUCCAGUCUCCUCCAGCACCAGCAGAUUCACACAGAGGAGAGGCCCUUCCUCUGCCCUGAGUGUGGGAAGGGCUUCAAGAACAAGUCCAACCUCAUUAGGCACCAGCACAUCCACACAGGGGAGAGACCCUACGAGUGCCCCACCUGUGGGAAGAGGUUUCAGAGCAGCUCCAGUGUCCUCCUGCAUGAGCGGAUUCACACGGAUGAGAGGCCCUUGCGCUGCCCUGAGUGUGGGAAGGGCUUCAAGCAAAACUCCCACCUCAUCACCCACCAACGCAUCCACACUGGGGAGAGGCCCUACAAGUGUCCCCAGUGUGGGAAAAGCUUCACCGAUAGCUCUAACAUGAGAAAACACCAACGGAGGCACCACUAA